ACGUUAGGGUUUUGGGAGACAUCAUCAAAAGGAAACCUCACCACGCAUCAGCCACUACCAUGGAUUCUUCGCAUCUUAACUCCGCCGAGUUGCAGCAAUUUCUCAGUCAAGAGAAGAAAAAAGCCAUGCUUAAUGAGAUGGUUGCAAAGAUUACAAAUGUAUGCUGGGACAAGUGCAUUACUGGUACCCCUGGUAGCAAAUUCAGCUCUAGCGAAUCAGCUUGCCUUUCAAAAUGUGCUCAGCGCUAUAUGGACUUGAGCAUCACCAUCAUGACUCGCUUUCAAUCCAUGCAAUAAUUUUUGAGUAUUUCCCUGGUACCCAAAUGAGUAGAUUGGUCAUUCCCCCAGUACUUUAGCAUUUAGGCCCCCCAAUCCACUCCCACCCCUUUUUUUCCUUUUGUUGGGUAAUUUGAUUUGGUUACAAAGUGUUGCCUGUAAUGAGCAAAUUGCUCGACACUUCUUCUGAAACUUAAAAGAGAUGAAAUAUCAGUGCUCCUGAUUUUUAUUGAUUUUAAUGUAUGUGUCAUGGUGGAAUGAAAGAUGCAUUCUUGUUUGUUCCUC